GUAGGUCGGGCCUUUCUAAUGUAACUGCUGGAGCUGGAAAAUCAGAUGGCGUCUCUCAACAAGUUGGGUUAGGCACACGUGUUUCUACUCCUAGAAAUGAUGUCGAUAGCAAUUCUGCAAUCAAUGAUAGGCGGGAUCGUCCUGUUAAUUUAGACAAAGAAAGGAUAUUGUGGUUCAAACUAGUUCCGGGGAGCCUUUCAAACCGAAGUGAGUCAUGGUCAUUGGUGGAGAUGGAUAUUGUGGUUGGGCGACCACCCUCCAUCUUUCUAUGAUAGAUCUGUCAAGAGCGGUGUAUAGGCAGCAAAACAAUGUUUUUGGGACACUGAAUGUGCUCUUUGCUAUAAAAGAGUAUAAAGAGGAUUUCCAUUUGGUUAAGCUUGGGACAAUGGGUGAAUACGGGACUCCGAAUAUUGAUAUUGAGGAAGGUUAUAUUACCAUUACUCACAAUGGGAGAACUGGCACUUUGCCAUAUCCGAAGCAACCUAGCUCGUUCUAUCAUUUAAGCAAGGUGCAUGAUUCACAUAACAUAGCUUUCACUUGUAAAGUUUGGGGGAUUCAGGCAACUGAUCUGAAUCAAGGAGUGGUAUACGGAGUAAAAACAGACGAGACUGCAAUGCAUGAAGAGCUGUGUAAUAGAUUUGAUUAUGAUGCUAUAUUUGGAACUGUGUUGAAUCGAUUUUGUGUUCAGGCUGUUGUUGGUCAUCCACUCAAUGUUUAUGGUAAAGGAUGCCAUUUUAUGUGUAUGAUUUUAUAG